GUGCUUCCCCUUCUCCCCGGCGGUUAGUGCUGAGAGUGCGGAGUGUGUGCUCCGGGCUCGGAACACACAUUUAUUAUUAAAAAAUCCAAAAAAAAUCUAAAAAAUCCUUUGAAAAAACCCAAAAAAAAUUUACAAAAAAUCCGCGUCUCCCCCGCCGGAGACUUUAUUUUUUUUUCUUCCUCUUUUAUAAAAUAACCCGGUGAAGCAGCCGAGACCGACCCGCCCGCCCGCGGCCCCGCAGCUCCAAGCAGGAACCCAGAGACCGAGGCCUUCCUGCCGCCCGGACCCAGCACCGCCAGCCUCGCUCCCCCGGUUCCACGGCCGUUGAGUACGCGUCGAUUCCGGUUGAAUUUUGUCCCUCUGCGCUCGCCCCCGCUCCCCUCCCCCCGGCUCCGUCCCCCGGCCCCGCACUCGCUCUCCUCCUCUCACGGGAAAGGUCGCGGCCUGCGGCCCCGCGGGCAGCCGUGCCGAGAUGAACCCCAGCGCCCCCAGCUACCCCAUGGCCUCUCUGUACGUGGGGGACCUGCACCCCGACGUGACCGAGGCGAUGCUCUACGAGAAGUUCAGCCCGGCCGGGCCCAUCCUCUCCAUCCGGGUCUGCAGGGACAUGAUCACCCGCCGCUCCUUGGGCUACGCGUACGUGAACUUCCAGCAGCCGGCGGACGCGGAACGUGCUUUGGACACCAUGAAUUUUGAUGUUAUAAAGGGCAAGCCAGUACGCAUCAUGUGGUCUCAGCGUGAUCCAUCACUUCGUAAAAGUGGAGUAGGCAACAUAUUCAUUAAAAAUUUGGACAAAUCCAUUGACAAUAAAGCACUGUAUGAUACGUUUUCUGCGUUUGGUAACAUCCUUUCAUGUAAGGUGGUUUGUGAUGAAAAUGGCUCCAAGGGCUAUGGAUUUGUACAUUUUGAAACACAGGAAGCAGCUGAAAGAGCUAUUGAAAAAAUGAAUGGAAUGCUUCUAAAUGAUCGUAAAGUGUUUGUUGGUCGAUUUAAAUCUCGGAAGGAACGAGAAGCAGAACUUGGAGCAAGGGCAAAGGAGUUCACCAAUGUUUACAUCAAGAACUUUGGAGAAGACAUGGAUGAUGAGCGUCUUAAGGAACUCUUUGGCAAGUUUGGGCCUGCCUUAAGUGUGAAAGUAAUGACAGAUGAAAGUGGAAAAUCCAAAGGAUUUGGAUUUGUAAGCUUUGAAAGGCAUGAAGAUGCGCAGAAAGCUGUGGAUGAGAUGAAUGGGAAGGAGCUCAAUGGAAAACAGAUUUAUGUUGGUCGAGCUCAGAAAAAAGUGGAACGGCAGACGGAACUUAAGCGCAAAUUUGAGCAGAUGAAGCAAGACAGGAUCACCAGAUAUCAGGGUGUUAACCUUUAUGUGAAAAAUCUUGAUGACGGAAUUGAUGAUGAGCGUCUCCGGAAAGAGUUUUCUCCAUUUGGUACAAUCACUAGUGCAAAAGUAAUGAUGGAGGGUGGGCGCAGCAAAGGAUUUGGUUUUGUAUGUUUCUCCUCCCCUGAAGAAGCCACUAAAGCAGUUACGGAGAUGAAUGGUAGAAUUGUGGCCACCAAGCCACUCUAUGUAGCUUUAGCUCAGCGCAAAGAAGAGCGCCAGGCUCACCUCACUAACCAGUAUAUGCAGAGGAUGGCAAGUGUACGAGCUGUGCCCAACCCUGUGAUCAACCCCUACCAGCCAGCACCUCCUUCAGGUUACUUCAUGGCAGCUAUCCCACAGACUCAGAACCGUGCUGCAUACUAUCCUCCUAGCCAAAUUGCUCAACUAAGACCAAGUCCUCGCUGGACUGCUCAGGGUGCCAGACCUCAUCCAUUCCAGAAUAUGCCCGGUGCUAUCCGCCCAGCUGCUCCUAGACCACCAUUUAGUACGAUGAGACCAGCUUCCUCACAGGUUCCACGAGUCAUGUCAACACAGCGUGUUGCUAACACAUCAACUUGAGACAAUGGGUCCCGUCCUGCAGCUGCUGCUACUGCAGCCUCCUGCUGUCCUUUUUGUUCCCCAGUAUAAAUCGCUAAAGUCCAUAAUCCCCAACAACAUCUUAAUGCACAGCCACAAGUUACCAUGCAACAGCCUGCGGUUCAUGUGCAAGGUCAAGAACCUUUAACUGCUUCCAUGUUGGCAUCUGCACCCCCGCAAGAGCAAAAGCAAAUGUUGGGUGAACGGCUGUUUCCUCUUAUUCAAGCCAUGCACCCUUCUCUUGCUGGCAAAAUUACUGGCAUGCUGUUGGAGAUUGAUAACUCAGAAUUGCUUCACAUGCUUGAGUCUCCAGAGUCUCUCCGCUCAAAGGUCGAUGAAGCUGUAGCUGUACUACAAGCCCACCAAGCGAAAGAGGCUGCCCAGAAAGCAGUGAACAGUGCCACUGGUGUUCCAACUGUCUAAAUUGAUCAGGGACCACGAACAGAAACUCGUGCUUCACCGAAGAAAAAUAUCUUAAACAUCGAAAAAUUUAAAUAUUAUGAAAAAAACAUUGCAAAAUAUAAAAUAAAUAAAAAAAGGAAAGGAAACUUUGAACCUUAUGUACCGAGCAAAUGCCAGGUCUAGCAAACAGUGCUAGUCCUAGAUUACUUGAUUUAAAACAACAAAAAAAAAUACAAAAAAAUAGUAAAAUAUAAAAACAAAUUAAUGUUUUAUAGACCCUGGGAAAAGAAUUUUCAGCAAAGUACAAAAAUUUAAAGCAUUCCUUUCUUUAAUUUUGUAAUUCUUUACUGUGGAAUAGCUUGGGACGUCAGUUCUGUUCUAUGGAGCAGCUGAUGACUGAGCAAGGAAACGUAAUUUGGAUUAUAAAAUUCUUGCUUUAAUAAAAAUUCCUUAAACAGUA